AUGGAAAACAAGACAAUGUCAACAAAUGAAGCUAAGGAUUUCACGCUAACACAAAACACAGCCUAUGAACCAGUAGUAAAGACUGAUACUAGUACUGAAGAAGCAAUGUACUCAGAUCUUCAGGACUACUCAGAUUAUCAGCUACCAAAAGCUAAUGUUAAGGAUACCAAACCUCCUCAACAACCAGUGCAGUAUACUGUAGGAAAGAAGUCAUUUGCUGCAAUAAUAAUUCUACUGGUGAUCAUAAUAUUCCUAUUGGUAGCUAUACUUGUACUUAACUUAAUAUCAAAAGAUACCUUCAUGAGUACAUGUACAAGUAAUGCAAGCAGUAAUAGUGCUGGCCUCACUAAUAGUGGUAAUACUGCUAUUAACUGUAACCUGUCACUGAUGCAGAAAAAUGUGGAGGAUAUAAAGGAAAAUUGUGCCACUAAAAAUAGCUUGUUACUUCUCCAGAGUAAUGUGGAGGAUAUGAAAGAACAGAUUAAUGAACACAAUGUUAACAGUAACCUCUCACUGACACAAAGCACAAUGAAUCAAAUAUUACUAAUCCUUAAUGCAAUAGAUAAUAUCUCACUGGCUCUGCAGAACAAAAUAGAUCACUUAAUGGCACAGGUUAAUGAACACAAUGUUAACAGUAACCUCUCACUGAUACAGGACACAAUGAAUAGCAUAAUUCAACAGAUUAUGGUACAUGCUAACAAUACCAACAGGUCUACAGAUGAACUACUUCAAUUACUGAACACUAGUCUUAUUAAAGAUAUCAGUAUACCAACUGCUGCUGCUGUUAAUAAUGUACUACUAAUAGUCAAUGAAUUACUAGAGAUACAGAAUGGAUCCUCUACUCAAACUGUUUCUUGUAAAAAUAUUAAAACAGCUUAUCCCAACAGUCCUUCUGGUUACUAUCAUUUUAAUAGUCGCAAUAUAUACUGCAAUAUGGGAGAGCUGUGUGGACAAGAUGGAGGAUGGACAAGAAUAGCUUAUCUUGAUAUUACUAUGAACUGUCCUUCUGGACUUCAGGAAUUGAUGACUGGAGGCAUUAGACUUUGUAGGAGAGAGGGUGAUUCUGCUGGUUGUAGGUCUAAUGUAUUCCAAACAAAUGGUAUCAGUUAUAGUCAAAUAUGUGGUAAAGUGGUUGGAUAUCAAAAGGGAUCAACUGAUGCUGUUCACACUAGCGUCAAUAAUAUUAACGGUGUUUAUGUUGAUGGAGUCAGUAUCACACGUGGGUCACCUCGUCAACAUGUCUGGUCUUAUAUAGCUGGACUAUCAAGCGAGCAUUACUAUUGUGAAGCUGGGAGUGUAAAUUUUCCUUCACAAGUAGUAUACACUGAUGAUCCAUUGUGGGAUGGAAAAAGCUGUUUUUCAAAUGAAGCUCCUUGUUGUACAGGUACUGGUCUUCCGUGGUUCUUUAGAGAUUAUGGUAAUGCUACCAUUACUGAUUACAUUGAACUGAGGGUGUGUGGUCAUGAGGGACAUAACAGUGAUGAUACUCCAGUUCAAUUGUAUGAGAUUUACAUCAAGUAAAAAACAAUAAUUAAAGUAGUGUAUGUCUUUGUUAGUAGUUAUAGGUUUUUGAACAUUGUUAUUAGUAUAAUU